GCCUCCCGCGCUCUAUGGUCCCCGCCGUUCCCAGGCUCCUCAGCGGCGGCGGCGGCCGGAGCCGGGUGCGCUCGGUGUCGGCGGGGCCGGGCCGCGCCCUUGGCGGCCAUGGAGCUGGACGUGCCCGACGUGCCCGAGGAGGCGGAGGGCUCGGCCGUGGCGGGGGCCGGCGCCAUCACCCCGGAGUCCGGCGCGGGGGGACCGGACGCGGCAGGAGGUCUGGCACCGAAGAAAGCAGCCAUCACCGAGGGCCCGUCACUACCAGGGCAGCCUGGCCAAGGAAAGAAGAUCGGUCAUCGGAGCGUCGAUGCUUCUGGAGAAACCACCUACAAAAAGACCACUUCCUCCACCCUGAAGGGGGCCAUCCAGCUGGGCAUCGGGUACACAGUCGGCAACCUGAGCUCCAAGCCAGAGAGAGAUGUCCUGAUGCAGGACUUCUAUGUGGUGGAGAGCAUUUUCUUCCCAAGUGAAGGAAGUAACCUCACCCCAGCUCACCAUUACGCCGACUUCAGGUUCAAAACCUACGCACCAGUGGCUUUUCGGUACUUCCGGGAGCUCUUUGGGAUUCGUCCAGAUGAUUAUUUGUACUCAUUAUGUAACGAGCCCCUGAUAGAGCUGUCCAACCCUGGUGCCAGCGGCUCCCUCUUCUAUGUCACCAGCGACGAUGAAUUCAUCAUAAAAACUGUGAUGCACAAAGAAGCUGAAUUCCUCCAGAAGCUCCUUCCUGGUUACUACAUGAACCUGAACCAGAACCCACGGACGCUGCUGCCAAAGUUUUAUGGACUGUACUGUGUGCAGUCGGGGGGCAAAAAUAUCCGCGUGGUCGUGAUGAACAACAUUCUGCCUCGUGUGGUGAAAAUGCACCUGAAGUUCGACCUGAAAGGCUCAACCUACAAACGCCGGGCAUCCAAGAAGGAGAAAGAGAAGUCCAGCCCCACGUACAAAGACCUGGACUUCAUUCAGGACAUGCCCGAGGGCCUGAUGUUGGAUGCAGACACCUUCAGUGCGUUGGUGAAGACGUUGCAGCGAGACUGUCUGGUGUUGGAAAGCUUUAAAAUCAUGGACUACAGCCUGCUGCUUGGUGUCCAUAACAUCGACCAGCAGGAGCGGGAGCGUCAGUCCGAGGGAGCGCACAGCACGUCGGAUGAGAAGCGUCCCGUGGGGCAAAAGGCACUUUACUCCACAGCCAUGGAAUCCAUCCAGGGUGGGGCUGCCCGGGGGGAGUCCAUAGACACAGAUGACACGAUGGGAGGAAUCCCAGCAGUGAAUGGCAAAGGAGAGCGUCUCCUGCUGCACGUGGGAAUUAUAGAUAUCCUUCAGUCAUACAGGUUCAUCAAGAAGCUGGAACAUACCUGGAAGGCCCUUGUCCACGAUGGGGACACGGUGUCAGUUCACAGACCCAGCUUCUAUGCAGAGAGAUUCUUCAAAUUCAUGACCAACACGGUGUUCCGAAAGAACUCCUCCCUGAAGUCAUCUCCCUCAAAGAAAGGGCGCAGUGCCUUGCUGGCUGUCAAGACUCCUGGUCCAACAGCUGCGUUCUCAGCCAGCCAGCUCCCCUCUGAGAAGGACGAGACGCAGUACGACCUCCGUGCAGCCAGGAGUUAUCCCACCCUUGAUGAUGAAGCAGGCAGACCAGACCUGCUCCCCUGCACACCUCCUUCCUUUGAAGAAGCUACCACGGCCUCCAUAGCCACAACGCUCUCUUCAACAUCUCUCUCUGUUCCUGAGCGAUCCCCUUCAGAGACAUCAGAGCAGCCUCGGUACAGGAGACGCACACAUUCCUCAGGGCAGGAUGGCAGGUCACACGAGGAGGUGCGAGUUGAAGAGGAGAUCAGUGAUCAGCAGAUCAGUGUAGAGCUGGAGCCCAAAUGUGAUGUUGAGAUCGUAGCUCCUGAAGAAGACAAGGAAGAAGCAGCUUCUUCAGCCUGUGCCAUUGUCAUGUCCACAGCUACAAUAGAGGUGGAGACGGCCAGUCAGGCCUCCGAACCAGCCAGCCAGGCCUCGGAUGAAGAUGACGUGCCAGUCACAGACAUAUACUUUUUCACAGAUGGGAGGUACUGGAUUUACUCUCCCCGCCAGCGCAGACUCCGAACCACCUCGCUUUCCUCCAGGACUCCGACAGACGAGAGGAGUUGGGUUUACUCCCCGCUCCACUAUAGCGCUCAGCUCCACUCUGUCUCCGAUGAGGAGAGCGAUACAUAAUCUCUAUGCAGACACGGAAGCCCCAGAGAGCAGCGAUUCCCUCUGCAGGUCGAUGUGUUCCCUUUUCGUUGAUGCAGCCGUUCCAGUGGGAUGGGAAGAGCUGGCUGACAGCAGCGCUGCCGUGUGCUGCCCUUCAGGAACAGGCAGCACAGGAACCACCCCGUGCCCCUCAGUGGCUCCAUGGAGGCGCCCAGCUGGGUGCAGGCGAUGCCGGGCAGAACCGCGUUUCCCAGCCGUAGCUUCCAACCCCUGUGUAAUACUGUGAACCUUUGUAAUUUUUUAAUCAUGUAUUUAUUUCCUUUAUCUUUGCACACAGCACAGAGGUGCUUUUUUAAACAUUUAGGUUACUGCACUUUUUUUUUUUUUUAAAUUUUUCUUUUCUGUUGGUUUUUUUUUUUGGUUGUUGGGUUUUGUUCGUUGGUUCAGUUGUUUUGGUUGGGGUUGUGGGUUUGUUUUGUUGCCAUUUGUGUGUGGGCAUCACAGAGGAGCCGAGCAGAGCUGGAGUGGGUGCAUUGCAGGCAGCAGAGCUCUGAGCUGCGGGUGGAGGCCGGGCCUUAGGGCAGGCAGCAGCUGCAGCUGUGCAGUGUCCCAAGGCGAAUCACCCGCCCCUCUGUGCCUCGGCUCCCUGCACUGUGUGUGUGCAGCUCCAUUCAAUGAAAGGUGCUACGUACGUGCAGCGCGUUCCAGGCCACGCAGUAGAAUUGCUCCCGUGUUCCAGUAGUAGCCAUUGCCAACUCACUUGGAUCCGAAAAUUGCUGGCGACUCCUCUUGAUCCCCAACACCGAGCGCAGGAAACAAACGAUUCCUGGCAGUGCCAACGAGUUCACCUCGGCUCUCCAGACGUCACAGUGGCUUCUGCCUUCACCUGCUGCUGUCCCCUGCUGCUGUCCCCAUCCCUCCGUGCUCAGAGCCCACAUGGACAGAUGAGGACUGGGCUCCUCCAGGGACCACCUUGUGGAGGGACGUUCCCUGCUCUGCCCGGACCCCGCAUCCCACUGGAGCUGUUUGGGACCUCAUGGGUGGAUCUGACCGAAGUUCUGGAUCUGACUGAGCUUUGGGGGUUACCAAAGGUUGGGUUCACGCAUCUCCUCCAUCCCUCGGGGCAGCUGUGGAGGCGCACAAUGUGGGCAGCACCGUGUAUGGACUGCGGGACAGGCAGCUGGUGGUGGGUGCUGCUGGGAACGGCUGCUCGGGGGGUCUGAGGCGUGGACACUUGGUCUUGGUGGGCUGCAGGCUCCAGCCAGGAGCUGCUGUCACUCGGCGGGGCUCGGGUUGGGCUCGUCCUUCUGUCGGCUGAACGUUGUAGCAUCCUCAAGAACUCCAGCAAUUCCACCCUCCUCUCACAGAGAGAAGUGAAAGCCUUUAGCCAAGAGGGAGCCAGGUCUUGUGUGCUUUGCAAGUCUCACUGGAGAGGGGGUCAAAAUCUCUUUGUUCUCAUUACAAUCUUCAGCUGUCCUUA